AUGAAGUGCAUUUAUCUCCCGUCCUUGGCCGUCUUUCUCCUGGCCUCUGGUCCACUCCUGGCCCAUCCCAUCACAGAAUCUGCAGAGAUGCCUUAUCCAGGACCUGUGUCAAUGGAGGAACGAGGGGUCGGCUCACUGGAUGAUCUGUCUCUCUCCGAGCAGACUUUACCUCUUCAGGAUGUUGCCGGCCUCAGAUAUUCCUCUCUGAUGUCUGGGGAGAUCAACAGAGAUGGUGCCAGAGCAGCAGGACUGCUUCCACGGGGGAUGAAAAGAGAGGCCCUUAUGGAGAAACAAAGUCUCCUAAAUCCUUUCAGCCACGUGCUCGGCAUCCGGAAGCAGUUUAGGAAGAGAGCGGGGAAUUCGGAGUGUUUCUGGAAGUACUGUGUUUAA